UCCAAAGAGCCACCGAUUGAGACGCUCGCGGUCGUCUUCGCGAAAUCACCACCACCAUACUCCGCCAAACUCCACCGAGAUCUGCUCCCACGCUCGAGCAGCACGCAUCAACAACAUGCCUUGCAAAGCGGAAGGACUAGUCCUGACGGUGGACCCCAACGUCAUUCACAAAGUAGACACAAAUAACGCGCAAAAUCUCUUCAGCAUGUGGACUGUCUUUUCAAGAUGCGUCGACUCAGUAGAGCAGGGCCGCCGCUUAGAAAACCUGAGUUGGAGAUUGUGGAAUAGAGAGACCUUCUGCUGCGAAACUGCGUGCGGCAAGGCAAAGCAGCUGCAUUCACAUGCAUUUUCGGCCACGACUACGUUACCGAAAGACAUUCCUGACCAGCGCAUACCAGACGUGCCCCAAUUGUCCGGCAGCGUCGACUCGGUGCAGGAGGACGAGGAGGCGCUCGAGUUCUCGUCAGAUUCCGAGCCAAUGGAGAUCGUCCACCGACCCAUAAUUGUUCGUCAGGACUCUUGUGGCAGCAGCCGGAGCCGCGGACGUGAGAGACAUAUCACCUCAGACCACCUCGAGAAGAUGGUCGUUUCCAUCAUCCAGGAGAAGGAGCCCAACCUGUCACCCAUAUCUGACAUGAGCUCCCCGUCCUUGGAACCAGAGUCCGAUGAGUCUCAGGCGGCCUUCUCUCCAGAAGCCCACGACAGUCUCGGCACUCCGACGACUCCCACAACCGAACCCUUGUGCGAUUCCGCCGUGUUGCCGUCCGAGGCAUCUGCGUCGCAAUCUUCGCCUUCUGAUAUUCCGACAAACGACUCCGCAAGCCGGACAACCGUCGUACGCGGCUUCUCACCCUCCCAGAUCUCUAUCCCUUCUCUUCGCUUAACCAGUCACAACUCCAUGAUGGCUUCCCCUACCGAACACGCCAUUCCCGAGCCCCACUCUUCUCCUGCGCACAAGCCGGUUCAACUUAAGAAGCAACCACCCAAGUUUGCGCUCGGCGGUUCCUCUGGAGACGAGUCCUCGCCUCAGAGCCUAGGGGUUCGCCAACCUGUUCCUCAACCUAAGAAGAAGAUGUUCUUGGUUGGUGGAUCGUCGGGCUCUGGAGAGGAUGACACCCCGUCUCUCAAGAGCGCCAUGCACUCUGCGCGGCCCAAUUCCUUGCUCACAGCCCAGAAGAAGCAGACUUCGUUCAGCAAUCAAGUAACGAUGCGAACCAUUCAGACUCCCAGCGACCAGUCGGACAGCUACAUGGACGAAAGCGCCAUCGACGACGACGACGAAGACUCGGAGUGGGAGGACUCCAUCGAGGAGAGUGGCAAGUCUAGUGUGGACGACGCGGUGACCUUCAAGCGCGUGUCAUCGAAGGGGAACCUCACUUCGCAGCGGUCGCUCAUUAGCUUGAUGUUCGCUGGACAGGAUCCCCGUACCAAGGCUCUGACUAACCACGCUUCCCAAUCGACGUCGGCAAUCCCUCAGCGCGCGCGGUCUAUGCACAACGCCCCUACGUUGGUUGCCUCGCCGAAUGAUUCCGAUGAUCACGGAUUGGAGAUGAAGAGCAGCAGAGCUCAACGACGCACGCUACUGCGGCCCAUUACAGAGGUUCCUCGCUCUGGCGCACAGCCAAUUACAACCCCAGCACACUCGAGUCAUCAACAGGCGGCGCUGUCGCCACGAACCACACGUAGAAACAUGUUGGCCACCGAACUGACCGAGUCCCUUCGACGCCAACUACUAUGGGAACGCCAGCAAAAGUCGCAAACUGCGAAUGCCGUCCUUAAGAGAAGACACACUUCGCACGAUGUCGCCAACCUGAAACAGUACCCCGAGAAGGCCUACAUGGCCGAGGACAACAAGGCUAAGGAGGAGCCUAAUGCUAGCAGCUGGAACCAAUACUUCAACCGAGAGGCCCUCGGUGGUUACCAUGCGCAAGGCUGGUGAUUGUCCCUACUAUUUUCGACCUUACAUAUUCCAUCGAGAUGCUUGUCCACAACGGCGAGCACUCUGCGGCAGAUUGCUGCCCUGUACAAUGUUCAUUUAUCAACGCAUUGCGACGCGAUUGAUUUCUACGAUACCUAUUGCAUCCAUGCAUUCGGCCGGCGUUUUUGU